AUGCACCUCUGCAGAGUGGCCUGGCAGGCCCUGGCCUCCUCCUCCCGCCGCCGCCGCCUCCUCCUCCUCCUCCCAAGGGCUCCUGGCCCCGUCCUCCGUGGGCACGCACCAUUCCGUCAGAUGUCAUCGGGAAGUGUUCCUGGAUCAUCUGGGGAGAACAUGAUUUACUAUCUGAUAGUUGUUGGUGCUGCUAGUGCGGGUGGUUUUUAUGCCUAUAGAACUGUUACUUCUGACAAAGCCAGGUAUAAUGAACGGGUUGAAGAUAUUCAACAGCGAUCUACAUCAGAAUGGAAACCAAAACCCUGGCCUCCUCAAUCCUUAGAAAAUGAGGAAAUAGAUGAAAAAGAAGUUGCUGAAACAAGUGAAGAGACAAAGGAUGCCAUUCAGACGGGUGCAGAAGCUGAAACUCAAGAAGAGGCUGAAGCAGUAACUACUGAUGAAUCUCAGGUGGAGAAUCAAACAAAUACUGAAUCUACUGAAGUGGGGAGAGUCGAAUCACCUAUUGAGGAGGCUUCCUCUGGUGUGCAAGAAGAGCAAGAUGCUACUUCUACCUCAGAGACAGAUAAAACUCAAGAUUAAUGCUGCAAAUGGAAUUUGAUUUUAAAAAUGCCUUCUUUCACAAGAGAGCACUAGUAUGCUCUUACAAACUGAAUACAUUUUAAAUUUCAGGGUUCAGUAUUAGAGUCCAGAAGUCCAGUUCCUGAACUUUGUGGAACACUACAUCUUUUGGAAGAAAGCCUUCUUUGCCAUAUCUGGUGGUGGGCUUAAUUCCCCCCCCCCCAAGAAGAAAUAGGUGAUCAUGGCUAGGCAUUGUUUUAAACAGAAUGCAUGGUCCUGUUUCCUCUCUUAAAUGAACAGCCUACAAGAUACUAUCUACUAUCUAGAUAGGGACUUUAGGUCAUUCAAAAUAUAACUGCUCAGAAAUCCUGAUAGCUUUCUUCUCCCCAGGUGCAUUACUUGUUUGAAGAAUUAAAACAAAUAAGGGAUUCAUCUUGAACAUAACGUAUUUUAUAGUAAAUCAGAUACCAUUUUGCAUUCUUCCCUGACUUGUGGUGGGGAGGAAUGUAUAAUUUGUGUUGAGCCUCAAAAGCUAUGACCAAAUCAGAUCAUUCUGAAAUACUCUUGCUGGCUGUGAACCAGCAAGUGAGGCUGUAUAAAGGUAUUUUCUUGGUAAUUUUAGGCCCCAUACAGACAGGUCUUUGGUGUGGCUUCUGGACUCUUAGGAACAUAACUCAUUUAAACAGCAUACCUCCAAAGUGACCCGAAGCAGCUUUAUUUUGGCCUGUCUGUAUGGGGCCUUAACUUCGCAGAGCUGCGUGUAGAACCUGUGAAUAGGCAGUAUUUCCUUUGUAAUGCCUUUAAGAUUAAAUCAGUAAGAACCAGAUAAGUAAAAUAUUGGGUAAGGGUGGGAAUCAUGUGGCCCUCCAGAUGUGUUGAAUUGCAAAAGGAAUGUAAAUCUUUGUAAAAUUUGUUCUUGCAGGCAAGAAUGGAUAAUUGUACCACUUUUCCCUUCGUUACAAGAAAGUAGUGGAAGACUGCACUGAUUUCAAAGAUUAUUUGCCACUCAGAGCUUAUUCUGUGCAAAACAAAUGCACAUUUGUUCAGAAUCCUCUGUUCUGUACAAAAAAAAUGUUAUUUUCUGUGCAAAAAUCACAUACACAUUUUUUACAUAGAGCAAGUUCCAAACUGUGAAGAUGCUCAACCAUCUAGGAUUUUUCACAUCCACAUUUCCCAAAACUUUAGAAACCCUGAGUUUGGAGUUUUUAAAACCAUUUUCCAAAUAUUUUUAAUAGUCUUAUCAUCUCUAGAUUGCAAUGCUCAGCAUUCCUCACAUUUGGCUAUGUUGGCUAAGGCUGCUGAGAACUACAGUCCAACAAUAUCUGGAAGGUCACAUGUUUCUCACCCCUAACCUAGGGUCCAAAUCCAAUUAUUAGUCCUAACUCGAUUAGGUCAAUUGGAUUAAAGGGAUUUACAUAUGUGUUAGCAAGUUUUUGCAGUUUAAUGGAAAUGACAAUUGCAUGUUAGACCCAUCUAUCAAUAGUUAAGAUUAAGAAGCGGAUUUAGGUUUAGUUUUUUCCUUCACUUGUAAUGGUAAUGGACUGAUAGCGUAACACCCCUGGCUAGUCCAUCUCAGUUACAUUCAACAUAAGGUAAAUUGUAAAAUGAAUUUAAUGCCAUCACUGCUUAUAAUUUUUGUAAUAAAAGAUCUGAAGCAACUUCAAAAAGGAAGUAGCAUUUCCACAACUGUACUCUGAGGUUUAAUACAACAUUUAGAAUCAACUUUGUAAAAAAAUAUAUAGCAAAUUUGAUCUAUUGAUAUCUACUCCCUAUCCCUGCCCUGCCAUAACAUACACAUUUCAGAUAUGAUGAGAAGAAAAACAGGAUUCUUUUCCAUUAAAUAUCACCAAAGCACGUUUACUAAAAACUUCAGAGAGUUUAUGGAUGUAAACACAUGUGUAUAAUUUUGAUAAGUUUAAAAACCGAUAUUCUUGCAAAAAAUGAUUUAGAAACACUGUUUUAGAUAGGUGUUCACUUACGGUAAUAUCUUUUAUUUCUCCAGUUCUUUUAAAAGAAGCUUAUAUCUUCAUGAAAUAUAAAAGUUAUUGCUCACAACAAAAUCAGCCCAUUUAUAGAAAUACCUGUUUUACUCUGAGUUUGACUGUUGGUACAUCUAGCUUAAUUCUGCUAUUAUUUGGGGAAUUGGGAGGCCAAGAUCCUGGAAGUGGGACCUGAAGUGAUAUUAAUAAAACAUGGCAACAGUUUUGAGCUUUGAAACUGAUACAGACAAAUCAUGAUCUGCCACUUUACUGUGAAUGGCCAGCACCGUACCCGUUUCAUGACUCCCAAAGUUAGAGAGGUUUCCCAUUCACCUUUUUGGCUGGUGGGUGUAGCAGAGCUUUCAGCUAUUGUGGGUUAUUGGACAGAAUGUGAAUGGAAGGCUCAACAACAGAAGUAUAUGAAUGUUAAGAGCUUCAAUAUCUAGGAAGCUGGAAUAUUGUUUAGGGCCUUGAUCUUAAAACAAUAAAAGAAAUAUACUGUAGUUGGAGAUUUUAAACAAAUUACAAGUCCCAAUUAUGUUAGAUCAACUGAAUUAGUGGGAAUUAUAUAAGUGCUCAAUUUCUUUUCAGCAACUUGAUUCAACAAUUUAGUACUAGCAAGUAGAUUGUAGUCUGAACAUUUAAAAUGCUCCAGCUAGCACAAAUAAGGUACAUCAACUGUGGGUUUUACAUUUUGAUUUACCGGGCUAUGACUACUAAGAUGCAUUUUUUCCUUUUCCAAACAGAGCAGUUGAAUGAAUUCAAGAAUGUGAAUUAUAUGAAAAAAUAUAUGGUACAUAUAUAGAAUUUAUGGAAUAUAUAUAAAAAUUAUUGAAUGAGAAAAAUAAUUUUAUUUUACUUCAGUAUGUAUGACAAAAUGAAGCACUUUUCCUACUUUUAAUAGAGUUGGUACAUUAACAUAGUAACAUUCUCCUACUGCACUGUAGUAUUUUAUGCAGAAAAAAAACCCCUUACUUCCCUGUUAAUCCUUUCCCUGUGGAGUAAUGAGUUUAAAUAGAAUGAAAGAAAAAUGCUGAAUUGAUAUUUUGCCCACUGCUUACACAAUAAAGGCCCUCGUGUUUCAAA